AACAGAUUUCAAGACAAACAAGGUUAUUUACUGAAGUGAAUUCAAAGUGAGUUUCAAAUUUAGAUUGGAAGCUUGUUUGGACAGCUUUGGCGCUCGUCUUCACCUACUUUCCCUUAUGUCAUGUGUUUUGUUAGACUCAAAUGUUUUUCUUGUUUGCCUGUUGAACAGCGCUGUGGAGUGUGUUGGUGCUAUGUAAUAAAUGUAAUUGUAAAUUUAAGGUUUUGAGUUGAUUAAGGUUUUAUAGUAUAAGCCCUUAGCAGCAGUUCCAUUCAUUGAGCUAAGUGACUUAACUCCUGAAUAAGCUGAUAGGGGUCGUCCAACAGCUACUAUCAGCUUAUUGACCUGACCAUGUAACCGUGCAUGUGUGCAGCUGCAACUCAGACUGACUUACAAAGCCGAAAAGAGCGAGUAGAUACAUUGCCUAUGUAUUAGGAGUGGCGGAGUAAGACGUAUAGAUUCAUCCAGUACACUCGGGGACAAAAGCAUUGAGCAUAUAGCUAUACCAUAUUUAUGUAACUGUGUGUAAGGAGACUGGAAUAGGGAACCACCAUGCACCACAACCCAUGCAAUUAGUAAAAGUUGUUCUGGUGCUUAGAAUGUCCCUUUAUCAAUAUAUUAUAAAGAAAUAAAACCAUAUUGUACUAGCGUUUGGAAGACACUCUUUUCAUCAUUGUUUCAGCAUGAACUUCAAGAAAGGAUCGGAAACUAGGAGGUAAGGGUUAUAAAACUACAGAGAUAAAAAAUAGAGAAGCAACUCUAUAAAAUGUCUAGAUUAAUUACAUAGAAAGUAUAGCAGGCAUCCUGUUGCAGAGAGUGUACAGAAAUGAAUGUGUACAGGCUUGGCCUGCACAGGCAUCUUAAAAGUCACUUGCCGGGCAGACCAUUAAAGGACCACUCUAGGCACCCAGACCACUUCAGCUUAAUGAAGUGGUCUGGGUGCCAGGUCCUUCUAGGGUUAACCCAUUUUUUUAUAAACAUAGCAGUUUCAGAGAAACUGCUAUGUUUAUCAAUGGGUUAAGCCUUCCCCUAAUCCUCUAGUGGCUGUCUCAUUGACAGCCACUAGAGGCGCUUGCGUGCUUCUCACUGUGAUUUUCACAGUGAGAGCACGCAAGCGUCCAUAGGAAAGCAUUGUAAAUGCUUUCCUAUGCGACGGGCUGAAUGCGCGCGCAGCUCUUGCCGCGCGUGCGCAUUCAACCCAGGAGGAGGAACGGAGGAGGAGAGAAGGAGGAGAGCUCUCCGCCCAGCGCUGGAAAAAGGUAAGUUUUUAACCCUUUCCCCCUUCCAGAGCCGGGCGGGAGGGGGUCCCUGAGGGUGGGGGCACCCUCAGGGCACUAUAGUGCCAGGAAAACGAGUAUGUUUUCCUGGCACUAUAGUGGUCCUUUAAAGAUCAUGAAUCAUGGGUAUAUUGUCUAAUGUAGUUCUUAAAAAGCAUAAAACAUUAUCUAUAAAAUCAAAAAUCCUAGAAAAUUCAUCAAUAUUUAGGUAUUUAUAUUUAAAAAUAGGUCCCUCAAUCCCCUGUCCACCAGUCCUGCUCUCUGUUACAGAUAUUCUCCCAGCAAAUGCUUGCUAGAGGGAUAUCAGAACUGAGUAACUCUUGUGCACCAUUUUAUUACUAGGAGCAAUUCAUAUGUUGGGCUAAAACUGGCAGUACAGAUAAUGUUAAGGGUUUACUCACUAAACAAUGCAUAAUACAAAUUCAGGCUAAAGUAGCCAAGCUGCGACAUUAGCUGAAUAGGAGAAUUUUUCCAAAUCAGUUGUUUUGUCCUAAAUUUUGCAAUGGAUGUUGUGGACUACAUCCGCCAUAAUGCUCUUACAGCCAUAAUAUUGGCAAAGCAUCAGGGGAGUUGUAGUCCAUAACAUCUGGAGUGCCGAAGGUUGCCUACCACUUUAGUGGAAUAUCACCGAUAUUGACAUGCAUGUUUAUUCAAGACAAAUGAUUUAAAUUGUCUUACGUUAAAGUGCAUUAAAUUUCAUAUAUCCAUUGUGCUAGUUGAAAUACUGGCAAAUGUCUACAUUUUAAAUGCACGUUUAAGUUUUGACCAAUCCCCCACCUGUCAAUCAAUCCUUGGCACACCUACAGAUGUCAAAUGCUGAAAGUUGAAUGACAGGGAGAGCAAGAGAACCCUUUCAAAGCUGUCCCUGUAUUACUAUUACUGUGACACCAAUGUUUUGACAGUGAAGCCAGCAUGUUGACACCAUCAGAGAGGAUUGCCCUGUUUAGGGAUACUUCCAGCAGAGAGGGAGCAGUAGCAGAGAGUGGGUGUUACAGUAUUGUAACAGACACUCUGGGAAGGAGGUGCUGCUAGAGCGCGGGGCAGUAGUUGAGUACAAAUAAAAUCUAUAAUUUAUUACUAUGAUAAAUUAAUUAUUUAAUGACUUGGGAGCUGUUAUAGGGCAAAGUGAAGCUGUCAUGACACGUUUGCAUUAAAUACAUUGUAUACAGUUACACUGCUUUUUGUUGUGCCUUCACCUUGACAUAAGCAACACUUUCCCCCCAUUUUACAGUCACCUCCACCACGAAAUUCCAUUCAUGAAAAUCUUGAAUAACCGAACAUGAACAAGGAGGAGACGCAGGGAUCUGCAAAAAUGUUAAAACGUAAUUUGAAAAAUAAAUACUUGCUAAGUGAACAGGUAAGAGAGAAAUACACUUUGACAAUAAUCUGUUCUCCCACCCCCAUUACACCUUAAUAGCUGGCACUUACCUCUUUCACUGUAGGUAAUUACAAAGAAAAAUCCCAAUUAAAAACAGAUGAUUUUCAAACUGGCAAACCCUAAACCCUAAUUUAUUACAGAUAUUGCUUAUCCGGAUUCACUGGCCAAUGGCAGAAUAUCUGGCUGUCUUAUAGCAUAACUGAGUUUUUGAGUGGUUUGACAAAGACUUGGGUUCCCCAAUACCCAAAUCUGGAGCUUACUGAAGCUACCAAUAUAAGGAGUAAUUUCACUUUGUUAAGUUUCUGUACAAAUGUGAAUACCUGUCACAAGCAGCUGCUGGGUGUAACUGAGCCCUGCUCACAGUCAUUUUUGUUGUCCAAAUUUGGAUGGAUUUAUUACAAAAUAUAUUUUGCACCUGAUGACUAUUUGCAGCAAGCUGUGGCGGUUUUGGUGAUUAGAGUGUUCCUUUAAACCUGCUAAACUUUUACAGCUUCAUGCAUGGGGGUUUAUAGCUAUUUAAAGAGGGGUGACAGCGAUUGCAUGUCUCUGUAUUAUGUUGUAUUCUGACAAAUUAUUGCUGCCUAUGAAUUCUUCAAUAGAAAGACAUUGACUCAAAAUGUUUUGUUUUAGCCCAAAUCUGUGUGUGACGAUGAAGCAAUGUACAUCUAUAAGGGCACAGGAAAAGAUGUGAAAAAUGAAAGAGAGGACGUAUGUGAAGAUGUAAGAACAAAAUAUUGGACCCUGAGGUCUAUAGGUAAUAAACUACUGGUUGUAAUAUUAUAUACAUAAUAUAUACUCCAUUAUGUUGUAAAACAAGCCUAAUUAUGCAGUCAAUAAAAGUCUUUGUUUGACUUGUAGGUCACCGCAAGAUGAGCAUAUUUAAUUAUUCUCAGAAGAGAUGCAUCAAUUUGCGACCUAGGGUUGUUCCGAAGAUUAAACAUGAAGAAGCAUUAUAUAUUCCUGGUCACUUUAAGAUUAAAGAGGAGAACAUGGAUCUGGAUGGCACCGAAGGUUGGUAUUAAUUGUUUAUUGAAAGAAAGUUGCUACAGUCCCCAUUCUUAGGUCAUUUCUCUUUUCAGUUUGGCCUACAAUAUAAAAUUAUCUACAGUUUCAGUUUUCCAAUGGACUAAAGAGGUAGCCCAAUCUACUUGUCCGUCUUGAUAAACUGCUUGUCCUGACACACAAAAUAAUUUCAGAUUGGGUACAUGCCUAGAGCCAUGGCUAUUGGAAGGGUAUUUACCAAACCUUGAAUUAUAGCUGAAUGGAAAACUGAGACAAAAAAAGCUGAUUUGGAAAAAUGAUCCUGUUCAUCUAUAGUCACAAUCUUUGGGUUUAGUUUUUUUGAUUCAGAUUUAAUUUGUAAAAAUUCAGAGUUCAGUAAAUAAUCCUCUGCCCCCCCAUUGUUUCUUGCUCUGUCCCUCCCAUACUGUGUGUGUAAUGUGUAUGUAGACUGUGUGUAAUGUGUGUAGUGUGCUCUGGCUGUUUGUAAUGUAAGAGUAAUGUGUGCCAGAUGUGUUUUUGUGCCAGCUGCGUUAAUGUGUACGAUGUCUCCUGGCUGUGUGUACUGUGUAUGUUUGAUGUUUGCUGGGUAUGUGCAAUGCCUGCGAUGUGGGUAAUGUGUUAGUGUGUGCUGUGUUUUGCCUCUUCCUGUAGUCCAACGGGGUCAAAGUAACUGAUGGUCUGGUGUGUGAGCGUUUCGUCUGCAUCUCCAGUGGAUGCAGACCACAGUACCAGUGCCCAGGGAGUCAAAGCAUGCUGGGAAUCCUGGCAGUUGCACUCUAAGUCAUCAGUGAGCUCCUGAAUGUAAAUGAGUGAUUACUGUAGCCUGCACCUCCACCAGAUUCUCAGGUCCUGUCAUCCACAGGAGAAGCUCAGCUGCUUGCCUGAGGCAGGGCUAAAAGCCCCCCAAAACUUCAUGCCUUGCUCCCCAAACUGCAUGUCCCAGGUGUUGGGCGAUAGGACUUGUGCAUUCCUGAAUUUCUGAUAAGAAAUAAAGACAGGUCUACUGUAAUUUCAAGAGGUAUAUAUUUAUUUUUCUUCUCUCCUACAGAUGAGCUGAUGAACAGGGAUAUAUCUGAAGUAGAUGAAACUUCCCUUGCUUUGUCAGACUGUAAGACGGAAAGUUUUGUUAACCAAGAUGCACAAGAAGAAAGCUAUCCCAGAAGAAGUAAAACAAGAAAUAUUUCUGAAGAGUAUUUCUUACAAAACUCAGAUAUUAUUCAAAAAGUAAUUGUUGGACCAAAAGGGAAAUCUUAUCCUUGUCCUGAGUGUGGAAAAUGUUUCAACUGUAAUUCCAGCCUUAUUGUCCAUCAGAGAACGCACACGGGGGAGAAACCAUAUGUCUGUGUGGAUUGUGGCAGACGUUUCGGCCAGAGCUCAAAUCUUAUAAGACAUCAAAAUAUCCACUCAAGAGAUAAACCAUUUCUGUGUACUGAAUGUGGGGAAUGUUUCAGCCUAAUCUCAAGUUUAGUUACCCAUCGAAGGAUUCACACUGGAGAGAAACCAUUUGCUUGUUCCGAAUGUGGAAAACGAUUCGGCUGCAAAUCUCACCUUAUUAUACACGAAAGAACUCAUACAGGAGAAAAACCCUUUGUAUGUUCUGAGUGCGGAAAAUGUUUCACCCACACAUCAAAUCUCAAUAAACACCAGAUUAUUCAUACGGGGGAGAAGCCUUAUCUGUGUUCACAGUGUGGAGAAUGCUUUGGCUGUAACUCCAGCUUGGUUCGACAUGAGAAAAUUCACACGGGGGAAAAACCAUUUGUCUGUUCAGAAUGUGGAAAACGUUUUGGCCGACGUUCGCAUCUUGUCAGACAUCAGAAGAUUCACACUUGAAGGAACUGUUGCUUUGUUUACAAUCAGAUACAUUUUUGCAUUAAUUCCAAAAAUGGGUUCAAGAGUUGGAUAGACUGUAUCAAUGGUUCUUAAGCAACUAACAGUCCUGGAUCUACUUUGGAACAUAAAACUCAAUGUGUGCGGAAAGAAACUGUAAAAUUACAUGGCCCUGAAUUUAGUACAAAAUAAUCCAUGUUUAAUCAAUAUCACAACAAUCAUCCAAGACUGGCUUGAGAUCUGUUGUACUAUAGACUUAUUUUCCUCGUGCUCUGAGAAUGGAAUUUACAUGUAAAAUUGCCACCUGCGAUAAAACGCAACAGUGCAGUACAAUCCAGUUAAAUCUUACGACCCUCUGCUAACCAUU